AUAAACCACAGUUUAAAAACCAGGUGAGAUGAGCCACAAUUUCUCUAUUGAACUAAUUUCCAUUCAUUUCUUAUCAUCAUCUUAAUUCCAAUCAGGAAUUCGUUCAAAACCCAGAGUUGAAUUCGUUUCGAUCCUUAACUAAAACAAUUAAAAACCAAAGCAUGACGAAGAAAGGAGGUGCUUUGUUGCAAAAGGAUGUUCCAUGGCCGGCCUCAGCUGGAAAAUCUAUUCCUAGAAUCCACCACUCCCCUGUUCUUCGUCUACGUCAAACCCCUAAUUCCAAUUAUGCCAUCGACAUCAUGAAGCACUCGGACCCUAUAGGAAGUGGGUUACCGACAGAGGCUAUUGCGGAAGCAGCUGGACCCGAAUGCAUCGUCCCGGGCCAGAUUAUUAGAUUGCUUGGUCUUAAGAUUUUGAAUGCCGGUAGACGGGUUGAAGGCCUCUUGUUGGCUGUUGCAUUCGAUUUUAACGAAACAAACUUGUGUCAUGUUUGUGUGGCCAAAUGAAGUUAACACAGUUUUUGGAACCAGUCAGUAAAGAACUAAAGUUGCUUGGAAAGGGUAGUUGCAUCUGAAAUUCGAAAUGAGUCAAUAUAAUUAAGAAAAGCUUUUUAAGUAUUGAGAUGGAGAUGUUUCCAAUAGGCCCAAGGGAUUCAUAUAGCAUUUUGUCUUUAACAUUGAUUUCGAUUGGAUGGAAAUGGGGUUCCUCUAGUUUGUAAUGCUGUCCAGAGCUAUGAUAAUCAUACUCGGGUGUAAGUGUCAAAUAUGGGUAUGUAUCUUCCACGUGUAAGGUUGGAUUGUUCUAAAUUCAUCUAUUUAGAGGA